GCUUCAAUCGUCAAUACCAAACAUCAGUCAAAAUGAAAGCCUUUUUCGCCCUGGUCAUCGCAUCCUUGGCUGUAGCAGCCCAAGGAUCGUAUCUUCCUACUUCCACUGCCGUCGUCACCAGUGCCACUGCCGCCUGGCCCUACAACGCUGGAUGGAGCUCGUGGAACGGAUGGAACGACUUGAACAACUGGAACGGCUACUAUAACCAGCACCAUGGAUUGGUGGGUUACCCAUAUGCUCAGGAUUGGUCGCCAGCUCAUGGUCUGUAUGGACACAAGACCGUCGUCCAGGCGAACCUUGGAGGUCAUGCUUCCUAUCCGUGGGGUCUGCCAUGGGGAAGCUACGGUUCUGGAUACGCUGGAAACUACGGAUGGGGAAAGAAAGUUGUGUACUGAAAUGGGUUAAUUGUGAUGAA